UGUCAACACUGUGGUCGCCUGUCUUACCUGUUCACGUUCCUGCCCGCCCCGUUCGCUCCUGGGCUGCUGACUUCCUGCUUGUUUUCUGUUCAGCGACGGGGAAUGUGUUCGGACCGUUCGUGUGUAUACAGUCUCUUCUCCGUUGACAGGGUCGCGAUGCGUCCUUCUACUUAAUUGGAAGCAAUGCCCUCGGCGUUAUGACACCAGCAGAACUGGGAACCCGCACUUGAGGGAAAAAGUGUCCCGAAAAUUAUGACAAACGCCUUAAAUUCCUCAAAAAACAACCACAAUGGAUUAUCAACGUAAAAGGAAGCUGUCAUUCAUCACUAUUGCUCUUCUUUUUCUUCUAAGCGGCGUGGAAUACGCUGUGAUAUUGCCCACAAUAUGGAAAUACCUCCAGACGCUAGAUGCCCCGCCGUACUUCCUGGGUUUGACCCUAUCAGCUUUCAGCUUCAGUGGUCUCCUCACAGGACCACUUUUUGGCCACUGGUCUGACAGGACACGGACCACGAAGAAGAUCAUCUUGUUUGCAAAUUUGUUUGAAAUAGUGGGUAACUUCAUGUACUUCUUGGGCUUCUCCAAAUGGCUUCUACUGUCCAGUAGACUGGUGGCAGGUGUUGGCACAGGAGCAGGUUCUUCCAUAUUUGGCUUCCUGACCAGAAGCUCAGCGCCAGAGGAUCGGGCCACUAUAUUUGCUGCAGUCAUGGCGUGUCGUCAAGCCGGCCUUCUGAUUGGUCCAGCAUUUAACAUCUUCCUGAGACUAUGUGACUUCCAACUGGGUCCCUUUGUGGUCAAUAAGUAUACGUCACCCGGGUUGUUCAUGUGUUUUUGUUGGAUUCUGCUCCAACUGGUAGUUCUCUUCAUGUACUGGGACCUCCCACCUUUGGAUAAAGGGAAAGAAAAAAGAAGAGCGACCGGAAGCACUGUCGCUGAUAAUGAGGAAGUUCUUGCAGACGACGAGGAAGAGGAUGAUGAAGAGGGAAAGCCGCUGAUGAAGUCCCAGGAGCUGGUGGGCUCCUAUGGGUCGGUUGCGUCCAAAAACCUUCACCAAAACCACACAGAACCGUCUGCAGAAGCUCAUCCAAAUCACAUCUCUUCCCAUUCUUCCUCUGAGAUUCUACAAUCUGAAAGCACUUUAAACCCCUUUAAGAAUUUCAGUUUGUCUCGAGAGUUUCUGCGGGAGGAAGUUGUUGUGCUUCUGGCUGCUCAGUUCAUCACUCUCUUCAAUCAAACUGCCCUGGAGACGAUGGUGACCCCGCUGACCCAGAAGUACUUCAGCUACGGUGAGCUGGAGAAUAGCGUGAUGUACUGCCUGUGCGGGGUCGAAGUGAUCGCUGGCUUCCUGUUUGUCCAAUGGCUGAGCGUGCGUGUCGCCGAGCGAGCGAUUCUAGCCAUCGGCCUGGCCAUCUGCAACAUUUCUGGUGUUUGGUGCAUCAUCUUUCUGGCUAAACCAGUUGGUGGCUAUGAAUGGCAGCUCUCUGAGUUCAUCAUUGGAGUGUUUCUGCAGGUUUUGGGGUUGCCCUUCGUUGCCGUUGCCCAGGUUUCUCUUUUCUCCAAAGUCACUGCUGAGAAAACACAAGGUUUCAGUCAAGGAGUGCGACGCUCAGUGGCGGGUCUCGCCACAAUUUUAGGUCCCCUGUGGGCUGGCGGGUUGACUGACAACUUGUAUAUCAUGUUGGGUGUGAUGAUGGCGCUGCUAGCCUUGCUUACGAUCAUGCUCGUCGUAUCAUACAACCGGCUGGUUGAACCUUCAAAGGAGCAGCAGGAUGAAAACACAACCGAAAACUGCGCUUGACCAGUAUUUUAUAAUGGAGACACACCAAAGAAGACAGACGCUUCUCAUCCCGACUUCCUGACUUGUGACCUGGUGACAUCACACAACAGAACACUGUUUAUGUUGCACUCUAAGAACCUUUUUCACUGAUAGCAUUAAUGUAUAUUUCCUAUGGAAAUAUGGACCUGUAGUGACAUCACAUCUGUCCAGUUGUUGGAUGAAAAAUAAUUCAGUUUUUCCAUCGGCACGUGAAACUAAAACCAAGCGAUGCUAUUGGCAACUUGAAGCUUGUAACUGACCGUGAAGCCAGUUUUGAACGUCUCAGUCAUGUUAAAUGUAAAAGGGCAACAUUGUUUGAUCUCCUUUAAUAGUCAAAAGUUCAAUCCACACACAUCCUUACAAUGAUGGCAUUUAUUCAAGUUUAGUUUUUUUGUUACUGGCCUUUAAAAGAAGAAUUGAAUCCUCUUUUUAUUACGGGCAUUUUACUGUGUGUAAAGCAAAUAUUUUAUUAGCGACCUGUCGACACAUUCAGAAGAGGGACUCUAAUGUGGUGCUAGUUAACACUUACACUUGAUGUGUCAUAUUCUCGUCAACGCUUUUUUUUUUCUCAUAACCACUAAAUGCACCGAGUAUAAGCAAAAUUUCUAGUGGGGAGUAUUCUAAAAUAAAAUAGCUUCCGAUAAAUAGUGACACUUGCGGCUGUAGUACACGUAUAAUCCUGUAGUGGGCACUCUUAUCCUUCUUUUCCAUCCCGGAAAUUCCUCAACCGUUGUCCAAAUGAUUCGUCUUACUUAAAAACACUUUUAUACAUUUAUGUGUAUGUUAUUGUUUGCCGUCUCAUUUCUGAUUGAUGUUUUAUAAUUUACCACUUAUAAAAUCGAAUUACAACAAACAUAUGAAAUCAAUUCAUCUUCCUGUUAUUUAUUCAUAAGUACAGUAUAUUUAUGGAAGCAGUUAUGAUGUGGGCUAUUUUUUAUAUGCAUAUGUUUAAGAUGAUGAUAAUUAUCAUUUUGGAGCCAAGUUUCUGUUCAUGUCAAUAUUUGAAUAAAAGAUUUUAAAAAAAUAACGUAAAAGAAAUGUCAUGUUCAGUUUAGUACUUAAUUUUAUUUGACUAAGAGUUUCAAGUCUCAUGUGCUGU